AUGGCCCCCGAUACCCCUCCUCCUACGGGAGAGACCCUGGGCAAAGACUGCCCGGCCUCACUUCCAGAGUACCAACCUCCAGAGAUCGACCUAGCUGAGGUAACACCAGUGGAGCUUCUGCACGAGUCCUAUGAUUCAAUAGUAUUCCGGGGUCGAUGGCGCGGGAAGGACUGUGUGUUGAAGAUCUGUCAUUACUUUGAUCAAGAAAGCGCGGGCUCAGGAAAAUAUGAGCACGAUCCAUUUCUCCGUGAAAUGCAAGCUUACUGUCGAUUGAAGGCACAUGGGCUCUGCGAGAAGGGCCAUAUCCCCUACUUCUAUGGCUUGAUCAAGGACAUUGACCUCAAGACCGAGGGCUGGGAGCCACACCUCAAGGACUUUGCUGAGGAACCCGAACUUCCAAAUGCUGUGGUGAUCGAAUUCAUCCCAAAUCUGCACCCAUUCGAGCUGUCGACUUACUCCACCGAGAGAGCGGACCAGUUGAGAAGCACAGUGGUCGAGAUCCACAAGCUUGGCGUUUACCACGGCGAUAUCAAACAGCGGAAUACGAAAGUGCAAGAAGAGACAAACAGGGCAAUAUUGAUCGAUUUUGACUGUGCCGUGAUGUUCCCUCUGGACUCAAAAACGCAAACUGAGGAGGAGGACAUGCGAAGAUGGUUGGCGAACGAAGAAAUGCUCCUUUGUGAGCUGCUCGUCCAGCUGGCCUUUGACCACAAACAUGGCAAGAUUUGGUGGUCAUGGUUCUGGCAUUACGGCUGGUUUGGCCCGCACGGCUGGACCAAAGAGGAACAAGCCAUUAUGGCUGCUGAAGUUACUGCAGCAGCACAAGGAACUUUGGCUGCAGAGAGUGAAUACUUCAAAGUUCAUCAUGAUGAUGAAGAAGUGCGAAAAUCCAUUAGCCCAUCGGAUUGGGGAUGGCCAGAGCCCAACAACUAUGAGAACGCCCAAGAUAUGAAUAAGGAUGACGGAGACGAGAAGGAUGACGGAGACGAGAAGGAUGACGGAGACGAGAAGGAUGACGGAGACGAGAAGGAUGACGAGGUAGACGCGGAGGUGCCAUCAGCAGCACAAGGAACUUUGGCCGCAGAGAGUCAAUACUUCCGGAACAACGAUCAUCAAGUGCGAAAAUACAGCCCAUCGGAUUGGGAAUGGACAGAGCCCAACAACGAUGAGAACGCCCAAGAUAUGAAUAAGGAUGACGAGGUAGACGCGGAGCUGCCAUGA